GAUAUUCAGCAAAAUUGCAGCAGCAUCCAUAAACUGUUCUUCUCAAGGUCGCGGGCGCGGGGCACGACGGGUAUAUGAGCUUGGUACAUUCCGCGGUUCAUCCUCACAAACCAAUCACGCACGAAUUUGUAAAAUAGGGCCUCGGAUUUGCUGCACAUCUGGUCGUGACAGUUUUGUCAGGAACUGCGAUACAGUCACGAGAUCAAUAAGGGGAAAAAGGGCGGUCACGCGCAAUUAGCUGUAUCUCGUUCCCGAAACUGGACAAAUAUCCGAGUAUCUAGGCUAUUGCAAAUGCAAUUUACAGCAUAAUCUACAGAAUAACGUCGAAGGAAGUGAAAGCGAUUGAGACUUCUGAUGUGCGGUGUGUCCAUUAGGAAUAUCGUUUCGUCGCACCUUGUGAAUUACGCUUUAACCUGUGGGAUUCCGGGAGCAUGCACAGAAGCGAGUGUCUCUGAAUCGUGAUUGGAAUCGAAAGGCCUAAAACAUCUAGCUCAGGACCCGCCAUUUCCCAUUCAGAGAAGAUGGAAGGGGAGAAGAAAAAACAGGUCACCUGUUACCUCCUUUUCUCCGUGUCCACGGUAGUCAUCGGCUCCUUGCAGUUUGGCUACAAUACUGGGGUCAUCAAUGCUCCUGAACAGAAACUCCGGGACUUCUUCAACAACACGUGGCUGGAGAGGUACCACGAGCCCAUUAGCGAAGGCGUGGACACCACCAUCUGGAGCUUCACCGUGGCCGUGUUCAGCGUCGGCGGCAUGGCCGGCUCCUUCAGCGUCGGGGUCAUGGCCGACACCUUCGGGAGGCGUAAAUCCAUGCUGAUCGCCAACAUCCUUGCCUUGAUCGGUGCUGCGCUGAUGGGCUUCUCAGCUUUGUGCUACUCCUUCGAGAUGCUGAUCGCCGGGCGCCUGGUCAUCGGCCUGUUCUGCGGCCUGUGCACGGGGCUCACCCCCAUGUACGUGGGGGAGGUGGCCCCCACUGCCCUCAGGGGGGCCUUCGGAACCCUGCACCAGCUCGGGGUGGUGAUCGGCAUCCUGGUGGCACAGAUCUUCGGCCUGGAGGCCCUGCUGGGCUCAGACACCCUGUGGCCCGUGCUCCUGGCCUUGACCGCCCUCCCGGCCGUGCUGCAGUGCGUGCUGCUGCCCUUCUGCCCCGAGAGCCCCCGCUUCCUCCUCAUCAAACUCAACAAAGAGGACGAGGCGCAGAAAGCCCUGGUGCGGCUGCGUGGCACUGAGGACGUGAGUGAGGACAUGCAGGAGAUGAAGGAGGAGAGUCUGAAGAUGGCGAUGGAGAAGAAGGUGACCAUCCCCGAGCUGUUCCGCACCGCAGCCUACAGGCAGCCGCUCCUCAUCGCCGUCAUGCUCCAGCUCUCCCAGCAGCUCUCCGGAAUCAAUGCGGUUUUCUAUUACUCGACAGGUAUUUUUCAAUCUGCUGGUGUGACCAAACCCAUCUAUGCGACGAUUGGAGCUGGAAUAGUCAACACUGUAUUUACUGUGGUUUCUCUCUUUCUCGUGGAGAGGGCUGGGCGGAGGACCCUGCACCUCAUCGGUUUGGGUGGGAUGGCCGUCAGCGCUCUCCUCUUGACUGUCGCCCUGCUAUUGAAGGAAAACCCGUCCCUGAGCUACCUGAGCAUCGUGGCCGUGUUUGCGUUUGUGGCCAUGUUUGAGAUGGGCCCUGGCCCCAUCCCCUGGUUCAUCGUGGCCGAGCUCUUCUCCCAGGGGCCCCGCCCGGCCGCCAUGGCCGUGGCCGGCUGCUCCAACUGGACCGCCAACUUCCUCGUGGGCCUCAGCUUCCCAAAACUGGUGGAGUGGUGCGGUGCCUAUGUCUUCAUCAUCUUCUUGGUCUUCCUCAUUAUAUUCUUCAUCUUCACCUUCUUCUGUGUCCCGGAGACCAAAGGGCGGACCUUCGACGAAAUCGCCCGUGGUUUCGGCGGCGCUGAUUCCGCCUCAGCCCCGGCCCCGCCUGCAGAGGGCGCCGUUACGCUGCCCGCCUCACCCAGCAAGGAGAAAGUGCCCCUGGUGGGGGUCCAGGAGGAGGGCACCUCCGCUGAAUCCAGUUCCAAAGCUUAGGGAGCGCUUGCAGGGUGCUGCAGAGGCUGUUACAUCAAAGGGCAGGGUCUAAGACACAGGUCAAGUUUAUGCAUACUGUAGGCCUGAGCGAAUCUACUGAGGGCUAAACAUGGGAAAUAGUUCAGCAUUUGAACAUGCCAUAUAUAUGUAUAUGUACAUGUACAUGUACUUGUUCAUAUGGAGGAUGAAGAUAUUGGAAUUCAGGGUUUUAUAGAAUUAUUAGCAUUCAAAAGUCACCCAAGGGAAAUAAUUAUUUAAUGGAGCAAAACGUACCAAAAUGUCUCAAAAUGUACCUAGAGUAACGCUGAAGAUACCUCGUUAGAGCGCUGAUCCAGCAGCCAAACAAUUGACUUUGUAGUGGUCAUGACAACAAGGUCAACAGGAUCACACCGAGAUCAUGACGAGCACGUACCUCGCUUUAAUCGGUUAUAUGAUUCUUUUUGGGUAGGGGUACGAUCAUAAAAAAACGUGGCCUCGGGCUAUAUUUGGUUUUUGGCUGUUACCUCCCUCCGUUCCACCAGCUCGGCCACCCCAUUUCCCCUGGGGUUUCACGUUUUCUGGUCCCUGCCCUUUGCUGUUGCCGUGCCGAUAGAGCAGGGGGUGCAUUCAAUAUCCACUGGGGUUCCAAACAUUGUGAAAGUAUUUGCACCUAAAAAAAGGUCAGUUCACUUGAAACUAGUUUGCACUGUGCAGCUAUAACCCUAAAGGUAGAGCUCUUUAGCAGAUGUCAAAAUAGCCUAUGUGAUUGGAUCUGUGUCACGAUCAUCCUAGUGUUGGCUUAAACUCACACGUUACUAUAGUAGCUCUCGUGCUGCCUAGUUCACUGCAGUAAGGGAUCGUAAAAGGACAUACCAAGCACAUUUGCUAUUUUUAUAUAUAGCCUACAUGUAUAUUUGUAUUAUAUUUCAAAUGAAAUUGUGGCUAUAUUAGUGCUUAGGAAGUUCAUAUUACUCAGUAUCAACGGGUUGUUUUUAUUUCUUGAGGCAGUACUCUAACAGGACCAGUGCGGUCUCUGCCUGGAGUGAUUUCGCAGCUGAGUGUUCAAUUUGGCGCCAUGUCUUAUUUAGAAUGCUUUGCGUAACUGUUCCGUGUAUUGAAUGCACCCCACGUCAGAUGUCUUUUAUAUAUAUAUAUGCCUAUUUUAGGCUGGUCUUCAAAAUGGUAAUGUUGACGCCUAGCUUCCCUGGAAAUGAAAAUUUCCAGAUUUUUUUUCAUUGCAAGCCCUCUGGGAAACAUUGUAAAACUGUGACCCAUUUUAUGUAAGCUCAUCCAGUUCUUUGGAUAUUAAUGCAGAUGUUUGCAGGUGUGUUUGCUGUAAAGCCGACCAUUACAGUACAGUUACUUUCUUUUCAAAGGUGCAAUAGCAGCUGCUACUAGUCAGCUUGGCUCACCACAUAAAGCUAAAGACCUAAAGAAAAUCAGUAAGGUAGUUUUUGUUAAGGCAUAAAACAUAACAGAGCUCUCACACUGUGAGCUUCUGAGCAAGCCUUUAGCACAGCUGGGUAUGUAAAUAACACUGGAAGGAUGUCUGUCCAAAACUGAAGGAGGCCUGUACCGUAUGGUAGUGUGUGCCACCAGAGGUCUACAGAUUGCGAAAGGAAACACUGGAAAAGAAAACAUGUUGAGGGGUUGAUCAUUUGUGCUGUGUCUAACAUAGAAUGGCCAUUAUACGCAUUAGAUAUGAGGUUGUUUCUUCUUAGUGGCUUUUCAGUCAUGUUUAACAGUUUUUUGUGUCUCUCCUAAGAAGAAAAGUGAAUCCACUACUGAGGGCAGUUUUUGAGUUUUUGCUUUAUAUUGUCCCUGCAUGCUUAUAAACUUUUACCGGUAGGUCUCAGAAUGGUUACCUGAGCCAGGACUAUAAUCUCUCUCAUUAAGGUCCGCGUGUCUGGAAAAGGAGGAGAACACUGAGUGAACUGAUUGAAAUGGAUGGAUGUAAGGAUUGAGAGCUCAUAAUCUGGGUCUGAUGUGGGUUCAGUGUUUUCUUUUAGAUCGCAGUGGGUAAGGGUGUGCCAUUGGCUCGUGCUCUUGCACCGAUGCCCUGAGCUCGCUCUCCCACUCAACACAUCUUCAGAGGUUUUGAAAUCUCCAGGGUUCCUGUUGAAAACACGACCGCUAUUUUAACUAGACAGAAUAGACAGAAUUUGUAUUCUAAAUAACAAAAAAUAUAUUUUUAGACCACUUUUGAAGUGCAUGAGUUAAUGCCGUACAGAGUAUAAUACGUAUGUCUGGGGCAAAUUCUAGAUGGUAUUUCCCUCACAAGUUGCAAGAAGCUUAGCUUGACUUGGAAUAGAGCUGUAAGAGAACUUUGAUGAUGCUCAGGCUUAUAAUGUCACUCACUAAGUUUUGAAUGAACAUGAAGGUGAAGGAAGGGAGAUGCUGCAUUUUAGAGUACAAUAUUCAAAUUAAUCCAUAGAAAUCUGGUGUUUAAUUCAGAAUGCUUUGGCAACACUAUUUAAUCUUCCUUUGCCAUCAAUGCCAGCAUUAAUUAGGACAGAAAUCUUUCAGAUAGCCAGGCCAAGCCCAAGAGCAUCUUUAGUUAUUUCAUAUAUUGAAUAAAUAGCAAACAAUGAUAAAUAGUUUACUGUGAGAUCAUAUUUAUUUACCUUAGUUUACAUAACUUUAAGUGCUCAUAGCCUUAAGUAUUGAAUUUACUGUAGUUCCUUUGACAUUAUAAGUCUGUAAUGGUAAAAACAAAAGGAUUAGAGUAAUAUAUUAGAUCUUUCCUGCGGUGAAUCUGAGUGCUUUUUUCACUGAUGUAAUUGAGCCAAAAUGAGGCGAUUCUGUGAUUAAUUUUAUUUGUUGCUAAACUGAAGUAGAAUCAGUAUUUCUUUCAGUGCUAAUUCUGUUUGGAUUGAACAGGGUCUGUUGGGAACAGGAUGACUAUUUAUGGCUUUUAGUGCAAUUUUAACUCCAAAUGGCUUUUGAAAACUCAAGUUGAAUGUCAUUUUGUCGUCUUAUAUGUUGUAGCUGGAACAUGUCUGCAAUGGAAAUGUAACGUAAUUAAUGCUGAAAAAAACGUGCCUGUACUUUUUUCAGUGACUGUGGAAUCUCGUUUGCUUGGCCAUUGUAAUACUAUGGAACAGAAAAGAUGUAUUGACACUGGUGCAAUAUUUGUAUUUCGAAUAUAUAGCAUAUACUGUAUGUGCAUCGAUAUCACAUAACUAUACUUUGCAAUCACUUAUGUGUAUAGGUGUGCAAAUUAUUUAUUGGUAUUGUCAUAAAUGAACAUUUGUAUUGGUAAAUGAGGAGUUGAUGUGAAAUGACAAUGGAGGAUGUGCAAACUUUGCUUUUAGUAUGUUUGUGUCUGUAAGUGUUAAAAUGCUAAAUACAUUCCUUUUUAUGGCA